AUAAUUCCUCUGUAGUUGAAUAGUAUCAUCUAUUGUGUAUUCAUUUAAACUAAACAUAAACAUAUUUCUUAGAUAAAAAAAGUGUCUGAAAUUAAGUAGAUUUAUAAAAAGUUUAUAUGAAACAAUUCUUUAUAUGAUUGGUGUGCGCCCUUUUAGGUGUAGUGCGGUCGGUCGCCAUCUUUAAACAAUAUGGUGGACAUAUUGCUGAAAUUAGGAUAAACAGAGAAGAAAAAAUAAAAAAUAUGGAAUGAAAUAGCGUGAUUUUAAAAGUUGGUAUGUUUAACCAUUAUUUCUUGUAAUGAUUUUAACGUGCCAAAGCGUGGAAUAUCCAUAUAGUUGGUUUAAAGGUAGAAAAGGAACAUUCUUUGACAGUGUCAGUGGACUGAGUGGCUCGAAGUUUGGAAAGUGUUUGAUAUAGAAUGGCUUCAAAAUAAUCAAGCAAGGGUCAGACCUUUUGUCAGUUCAACACACGUAGUUAAAAUGGUGAAGUGACAGUCAGGGGAUACUACUUCCAUCACGUAAUGGACUCGGACGGGAUAUAUGAAACCUAUGACUCUGGAGAGGAAGAUGGUUACGAUGAAGACAACAUCCCUCUCAGUGAAAGCUCCGAGUCCGAAAGCGAGCCAGAAGAUUCUGGGUUCAGCAACAAUGAGAAUGGUGGCUCCCAGGAGCUGACUCUCCUUGACGAUGGCCCAUCAGUUCUCAUACAGCCAUCUCUCUUCAAUGACGAUGGUGAAGGGGAUGAUGAGGGUGAGCGUGAUCCUCGUCCGUCUAUACACUUGCCUCCACUUGACAUAUUAGGUGAGGUUGCCAUGGAGGCGGCCUUGCUCUCAGACACCGGAAUCAGCAGCGUUGCUGUUGAUGAGGAAGACGAGGGAGAGGCAGACGAGGAAGCCGCACCUAUCAAUGACACCACCCUAGAACUAGAGAAGAAGGAGGCAGAGAAAAAAGUUGUUAAAAAGAAGAAAAAAAAGAAAAAGUGGCUGUACAUUUGCCUGCUGAAUUGUAAAUAUGAUGUUGUGCGAAAGGUGUCUCGGAGGUUUGGCUUCAAGGAGGUGUCUGACGACGAUGACUGGACACUGUACUGGACCGACUACUCUGUGGCCCUGGAAAGAGUCAUGGAUAUGAAAAAAUACCAAAAAAUCAACCACUUUCCUGGAAUGAGUGAGAUUUGCCGGAAAGACCUCUUGGCUCGGAACAUGAACAGGAUGCUGAAAAUGUUCCCCAAGGAUUAUAACGUCUUCCCCAAAACCUGGUGCCUGCCUGCAGACUAUGGUGAUUACCAAGCAUACUGUCGGCAAAAGAAGAACAAAACUUACAUCCUGAAGCCAGAGUCAGGCUGUCAGGGGCGGGGCAUUUGGGUCACCAAGAACCCCAAGGAUGUCAAGCCUCAUGAACACAUGAUCUGCCAACAGUACAUGAGCCGGCCACUGUUGAUAGAUGGUUUCAAGUUUGAUCUGCGGAUCUACACUUUGGUCACGUCAUGUGACCCACUCCGGAUAUUUGUGUUCAAGGAUGGGCUGGCCAGGUUUGCCACACACAAGUAUCUGGAGCCCACACACAGCAAUAUAGAAAAUGUGUACAUGCACUUAACGAACUAUGCCAUCAACAAGCACAGUGAGGACUUUAUACGUGAUGAUGAAGCUGGAAGCAAGCGUAGGAUUAGCACAACAAACCGCUAUAUGCGGGAGAAAGGAUAUGAUGUAGAUAAAAUGUGGGCGGAUAUUGAUGAUGUCAUCAUCAAAACUAUGAUCUCUGCACAUUCAGUAUUAAAACAUAACUACCGCACAUGUUUUCCUAACCACGUGAAAGGAAGUGCUUGUUUUGAGAUUCUUGGAUUUGAUGUAAUGCUUGAUCGAAAAUUGCGUCCAUAUGUGAUAGAGGUAAACCACUCGCCGAGUUUUGGCACAGAUUCAGAGCUGGACCGGGAGAUCAAGGGUGCGUUGAUCUUUGACACGCUGCAGCUGGUGAACUUCGGGGCAUGUGACCGCAGGAAGUGUAUUGAGGAGGAGAGGCGCAGGAUCAAGGACCGGCUGCUGGGCAAGGCAAACAGGAAAGACACCAGGGAGGAGUUGGACCUGGCGCAAGCCCAGUACAUAGAGUCCCUGGAGAAGUAUGAGAACAAUCACCUGGGUAACUUCCGCCGCAUCUACCCCGGCCCCGGCACAGACAAGUAUGAGAAAUUCUUCCACAGCAGCGGCACUCUCUUCCAGGAAACAGCAGCAUUCAAAGCCAGGAGCGAACUUGCCAGACAACAGCGCGAGGAGAUCACAAGGAAAAAGGAGAAAUUAGAGGCAAUGUUAAAAGGAAAGAAGUCAACUACGUGUGUGGCUCGGCCGGAGAGCCCAGGCAGUCGGCGUAGACGGAACCUGCGCCGCACCACAAUGCCUGCACGCAGAAUCACCUCCAGCUCCAGGACCACUAUGGAGUCUGUGGGUAGCGAUUCAUCUCGGCAGAUGAAUUAUGACGAGCCAGUAGACACAACGAAGCCAAUGGACAUCCUGGAGGAGGAGGAGCUGGAGCGGAUCAGCGGCCUCCUCCAGCGUGACAAUCUGGUGAGGGGCCUCGGCAUCGUUGAGCAUGUGUACCGCCUCCUCCACUGUACCCCUGGCACAAUGGGCAUCCUCAAGUCCGAGCCACGCCCACUACCUCCACCCUUGUCUAGGAUGAGAACUGGCCUUCAGGUGUCACUUGGCGUGUUUGGCCAAGGUCAAGGCCAGGAAAACCAAAGAUGGCUGUUCACAAACCGGCAGAUGGACUCAUGCCUGUCCGGGCGCCAGGCACCAAUUAGGAUUAAAGACAAACAAUAUUACAAAAAACUUCUUGACCGAUAUUUUGGACAUAAUCAUGCUUUGUCCAAUGAAAACAAUAGUAGAAGUGAUAUGACUGGCUUUAGGUCAAAGCGCAUAUUGGCUAGUAAUGGUUUGAACACGAAAGAAGACUUAAAUCGUCAGUUUCCCCAUGUGAGGUUGUCAUACAGCAGUAAUGAGAAAAAGGUUGUGCUCACCUCAGAGCCAUACAUUCUAGAAGGUUCUGAUACUGAGGAGGUGUUUAACGUUGAGACCAGUGAGCACGACUCUGCAAGUCAGCGUGUGGACAGUCAGCUAAGUGGCGGGGCUGUGGCCUCGCUGCAGGCCGACCGUAGUGUCACCUCGGGCAUGUCAGGCUCCGAGUCUGGAGCCCAGCUGGCGGCACCUGUGCCCCAGCACACUUUGCACUUCACGAUGGCAAGCAACAUCAGCACGCAGCAGGUGCCAUUGUCUCAGACAGAGCGAUUUGGCACAGUGUUUCUGCCCCCUCCUUCCUCCCUACACACACACUCCAACUCUCAAUCCACCACUAACAUCAGCCUCUACCCGCCUCCAAACCCGCUAGCUAAGCCAAUCCUGCCCAACACCCCGGGCCUCAGUCGCCCAAUGCCCAUCUCUUCAUCUACAUCAAGUUCUCUCUCCCCACAACAGCCCGGUCACGGGGGGCGCUCAUGGCAACACAAGACCAAUGGCAGCCACCUUGCGGGGGUAAACGAAAGAACAGUCCCUGCCUUUCAGAGAAACAAGUUUAUGCGAAAGCCCCUGGGAGGGGUAGGGCGUGUAGGUACUUCCGGGGCGGUGAUCCCUGACUCUGAGUAUCGUAACCUGUCCUCUCUCCUCGAGACCGAGGCAGAGCGCAACCGGAUCCUGGCCCGCAAUGGUUACACCACCAAUAUGCCAAUAGAGGCGCGGUCAGACUCCAUCACACCGACCUCAACUUCCAAGCGUGUGCUCAGUGCUUCUGGCCAACGCAAGGACACUGAGGCCCCCCUAAUGCACCAAGAGCUAAAGCCGAGCUAUAUGAGUGAGGCAGCCGGUUUUCGCACAACCUACCAGUCAAACCUGCUGUGGCAGUAUCACCUCAUCGGAGGGUCGGACCUUCAACGGUAUCAUUCCCAGCAAGGUCCCGGGCUGUCUGUGGUAUCAGGACCAGCCCCAGUUAUACAGCGACCUGAUCUGGGGCACAGUGAGAGUGGCAGCGUGAUGUCGGCUGGCGGGCUGAGUCGCGUCAGCUCCCAUCACUCCAGCCUCUCUGACUCCAACAUCCCGAGUCUCAGAUCCACACGCUCACAGCGUAUCCGUGGAGCUUCCAACAACAUCCGCCUCCGCCAGAUGGAGAUGCGGGAGAACCACGCGAUCGCCUUUAGCUGAUGUCAACCUUGCCCAGCUGGUCCCGGUCUCAUCGCUGCUGCCAACCUGUUUACUUGUGCUGGUUGUCAUACCAAUGUUGUUGCCAAAUAUACACUCAUAUGUGCUCUAUGUUUUGCUGCAAAUUGUUUGAAAUGACUGCUUGUGUAGCUCAUUAGGGCAGUUUUCCAAAUGAUGCCAGUGCUAUAUCUGUAUUUCCUCUAGUUCUGGAAAUAUGCAGAAACUGUUGAUAUCCUGUAAUCUGUAUUGCCUAAACAGACAGUUAUGUAGGUUGGAAUAACAUGUUAAUAUCAGAAUUGAAUGCACAAAAAUGAAUCAUGUUGUUGUUGUUGUCAAAGAUUAUUUCAAGCAUUAUUUUGAUUCCUGAAGCUUGAGUUGAGAUGCCUGUUUAUUGAAUAUAUUGGAUCAUGUAAAGGUGAGGGAGAGAUGUGCGUGCAUGUCCUGUUAGCUACGGUCAGUUUUAUCAUUCGGAAUACUGGACAACUUACAUAUCAGCAUUUUGUGAAGACUUGAAAUGUGGUGCAGCAAGGGUUUAGACAAAGACAAGUGUUUAUCUGUGGCUGUAAAUACUUGUAUAGUGAAACAAUGUUCAUGUAUUGUAGAAUUGAAAUGCAUUUUAUUUUUUAUUUAAGGAGCUAUAUUCUUACAUGUAUGAACAAAUUAAUAUAGCACUGUGAGCUCAAAUGCACAAGUUACAUAGGUUAAAUGGACCUACAAGAACACUGUGAUUACAAGGUCAGUCUGUGAUAAGUUUGUGCUAUCUGUUGAUAGUACUUUUGAAUUGAUGAGUAUACUUUUCUUGAUUUGUUAAGUUUAAUUAUUUAUAACUUUUACCUGUUUUACAUUUCAUCACUUGUGGUCCCAACUCUAAUUUACAGUGUGGAGUAAAAACAUGUACUCACCCAAAUAGACUUGAGCUAGGUCUAUCCAAUUACCUCAGCACAUUGUUGAGUCUUUUAACUGUAGCAAUCUGAAUAUCUGAGAUCACAUCAACUUUUAUUGGUCUGGUAACUGGUGUGGACUUGCGUUUACCAUGAAAAGUAUAAUGGUUACAUUGUUGUUUAUUUUGGAUGUUCAAAGCACCUGGUGUUUUUGUUCAGUGUACAUAUGUUACAUUGUAAAAUCAUAUGAGUGAUACAAUCUUUGUUAGGUUGAUAUUUUUACAUUUCUGAAUGAAGCUUGUACAUGUAUGCUGCUACAGCUUCAUUGUUAUUGCUCUGUGUUAUUUAGAUAAAUGAUGGUUGUGAGGACUGGAAGUGGGACGGAGGUUUUUUACUCAAGUGAGCAGAGGCAAGCUACUCAACUGACUUUUCCACAUUAGUGUCCCAAUUAAGCAUUAUAAUAAAGAUUGUAUUGUUAGCAUAUGGUAUCUCAGGGACUACUGUGGAGUAGUAUUCUUAUUUGAAGGAACAAGUUCUUUAGUUUAGAAAUAAUUAGUUUUGUUAACAAACAAACAUAGAGUAGAAGAGACUGGACCAUGUUUUUGAAAGAUAUCAAUCCCACUGAGACUCUCAGAAAUGCAAAAUUUUAAAAAGAAAUAAUGUAUAUUUAAAGCCAACCUAUAGAUGGAAAUACACAUUGUAUAUACAGCAAUUGUCACCAUAGAUUGUUAGCUAGUUAGAAAUUUACAAUUCCAAUCAAGAUUUGAAUUUGUGUGUCUGAAUCUAAAAUUCAGUCUCGAGACCUUUCCUACCCUGGUAGUUGUUUUAUCAGCAAGUUGUUAAAUGUAGAAACCAUUGUUUACACUUAAAUUAAUACUUAUGGUUGCUGUUAAGAAUUUGAGUUGGCUAUACUUUUUAAUUUUACUUGUUCUCCGUCCUUACAUGUGCCAAUAUUGAGUCACUGGAUUGAUUAAUGUGCUGUAUUAUUUUGGAUUUUCAUUGUUAUAAUUUAUGUAAAAAGUUGUGUAUUGUUAAACAUAUUUAAAUUAUUGAAUAUAUUUAUAUUAUUAAAUAAAUGCAGCUCAUAGA